AUGUCGGCCAACGCCACCCUGAAGCCCCUCUGCCCCAUCCUGGAGCAGAUGAGCCGCAUCCAAAGCCACAGCAACUCCAGCAUGCGCUACAUGGACCACGCUUCGGUGCUGCUGCACGGGCUGGCCUCGCUGCUGGGCCUGACGGAGAACGGACUCAUCCUUUUCGUGGUGGGCUGCCGCAUGCGCCAGACCGUGGUCACCACCUGGGUGCUGCACCUGGCGCUGUCGGACCUGCUGGCCACCGCCACCCUGCCCUUCUUCACGUACUUCCUGGCGGUGGGCCACUCGUGGGAGCUGGGCACCACGUUCUGCAAGCUGCACUCCUCCAUCUUCUUCCUCAACAUGUUCGCCAGCGGCUUCCUGCUCAGCGCCAUCAGCCUGGACCGCUGCCUGCAGGUGGUGCGGCCAGUGUGGGCGCAGAACCACCGGACGGUCGCCAUGGCCCACAGGGUCUGCCUGGGGCUCUGGGCGCUGGCGGUGCUCAACACUGUGCCCUACUUCGUGUUCCGGGACACCAUCCCGCGGCUCGACGGCCGCAUCAUGUGCUACUACAACGUGCUGCUUCUGAACCCGGGGCCCGACCGCGACGCCACGUGCAACACGCGCCAGGCAGCCCUGGCCGUCAGCAAGUUCCUGGUGGCCUUCGUCGUGCCACUGGCCAUCAUCGCCUCCAGCCACUUUCUCGUGAGCGCGCAGCUGUGUCACCGCGGCCGCCGGCGGCCCAGCCGCUUCGUGCGCCUGGUGGCGGCCGUGGUGGCGGCCUUCGCGCUCUGCUGGGGGCCCUACCACGUGUUCAGCUUGCUGGAGGCCCGCGCGCACGCCGACCCCUCGCUGCGGCCUCUCGUGUGGCGCGGCCUGCCCUUCGUCACCAGCCUGGCCUUCCUCAACAGCGUGAUCAACCCGCUGCUCUACGUGCUCACCUGCCCCGACGUGCUGCGCAAACUGCGGCGCUCGCUGCGGAGCGUGCUGGAGAGUGUGCUGCUGGACGACAGCGAGCUGGGCGGCCCGGGCAGCGGGCGCCGCCGCCGCUCCUCUGGGCCCCGCCAGGCCCCCGGCGCCCGCGCGCCACCGCCCCCGUCCGGGCCCGCACGCCUGCUUGCCUGGCUGCAGGGCGGCCGCGGGCGGUCAGCGCAGAGGGCCCGGUCCAGGUCCCAGGACGAGAGGGGCCCCCUGAACCGGGCGCUGAGCACCGCGUCGGGGUAG